GUCGGUGCUGAAAUCACAGCUUGAGCGAAUGUACCAGCGAUGAGACAAAGAACCGGAGCUCCUCACCCACGAGAACAUGAUGGACGAUGAUCUCUUCCAGCUCAGACAGCUGCCUGUGGUGAAGUUUCGGCGUACGGGAGAGAGCGCCCGUUCGGAGGAUGAGUGCGGGACGAGGGAUCAGAUGGUGGAGGUGGAGCGGGACGUCAUGGACUCCGUGGCGCUGGCUGACGGUGCGCCCGUGCCACGGGAGUUCGCCAAUCCGACUGACGAUACCUUCAUGGUGGAGGACGCUGUGGAGGCCAUCGGUUUCGGACCGUUCCAGUGGAAGCUCUCCGUCCUCACCGGACUCUCCUGGAUGGCCGAUGCCAUGGAGAUGAUGAUCCUCAGUAUCCUGGCACCACAGCUGCACUGCGAGUGGAGGUUGCCCAGCUGGGAGGUGGCACUGCUCACGUCGGUGGUGUUUAUUGGCAUGAUGCUCAGCUCUUCGUUAUGGGGAAACAUUUCCGACAAGUACGGACGGAAAACAGGUCUGAAGAUGAGCGUGUUCUGGACUUUGUUCUACGGGAUCCUGAGUGCGUUCGCUCCCAUUUACGGCUGGAUCCUGUUCCUCAGAGCUCUGGUCGGCUUCGGCAUCGGAGGAGCCCCUCAGUCUGUGACUCUGUACGCUGAAUUCCUCCCCAUGCGCUCCAGAGCUACAUGCAUCCUCCUGAUUGAGAUCUUCUGGGCCCUCGGCACGGUGUUCGAGGUGCUUCUCGCCAUCCUGGUUAUGCCGACGUUGGGCUGGCGAUGGCUGCUUGGUCUCUCCACCAUCCCGCUCUUCAUCUUCGCCAUCCUCUGCUUCUGGUUACCUGAGAGUGCCCGCUACGACGUCCUGUCAGGAAAUCAGGAGAAAGCUCUGAACACCCUGAAACGCAUCGCCACCGAGAACAAGGUGCCCAUGCCACUGGGUAAACUCAUCGUGGCCAGACAGGAGGAUCGAGGGAAGAUCAGUGAUCUGUUCCUGCCUCAGUUCCGCUGGACCACUGUGCUGCUCUGGUUUAUAUGGUUCUCGAACGCGUUCUCGUACUACGGCCUCGUACUGCUCACCACCGAGCUGUUCCAGGAGGGCGGAGCUUGUGGACAGACUAACGGCAAUAAGACGGAGCCGAGGUGUAACCUGGAGUGCAAGUACCUGAACUCGGACGAUUACAAAGACCUGCUGUGGACGACGCUCUCCGAAUUCCCAGGUCUCCUGGUGACGCUGUGGGCGAUCGACAGGCUGGGGAGGAGGAAGACCAUGGCGCUGUGCUUCCUCGUCUUCUCGCUGUGCAUCGUGCCGCUGUACGCCUGCGUGGGCAGGACGUCUCUGACAGUGCUGAUCUUUAUCGCGAGGGCGUUUAUCGCCGGUGGUUUUCAGGCAGCGUACGUUUACACACCUGAGGUGUAUCCGACAGCGACGCGGGCUCUCGGUCUGGGUACGAGCAGUGGCAUGGCUCGAGUAGGCGCCCUCAUCACACCUUUUGUGGCUCAGGUGAUGCUGGAGUGGUCGGUGUAUCUGACCCUGUCCGUCUACUGCUGCUGCUGUCUGCUGGCGGCCGUGGCGUCGUGCGCUCUGCCCAUCGAGACCACGGGGCGAGGCCUGCAGGAGUCCAUCCACAGAGAGUGGGGCCAGGAGAUGAUGGGCAGGGAUUCCAUCCCUCGCUCCAACUCCUCCUCCACCUCCCAACAGUGAGCGAGACGGAGAGAGAGAGAGAGAGAGACCGGGAUGGACAGGACAAGCGGGAAUGAUGGACAAUGAUACGGAACAGGGAAGGAAACAGAGGGGUGAGGAUCAAUAGUGUAUAGAGAAGGAUGGGGAGAGAAACUGGGAGUAGAGACAGGACUCUAGAAAAGGUAGAAAAUAGGAAACAGAAAGCAACAGUAUCGGGGAUGAUGCAGAAGGGAAUGGACGGAACACAGAAAAGCAAAUUCACAGAAUCACAUGAUUCAGUGAUUCAGUUAAACUGCUAAGUGAUUCACGUAGAUGAU